CUCUAGCGAUCGCUGACUCCACUACGUGACUUCCGUCAGCACUCUGUACGAUUACGGCGCGGAUGAUUUCUUCUUAACAUCCCAAGACUCUCAAAUACACAUUCAAUCACCCUUAAAGCACCAAAACUGGCCAGGUUGCUACUGGUAUUCUUGAAUUUCUUGCAAUGACCUUCUUCGACAAGAGGUUCACCACGAUCGACGGGGAUACCUAUGCAUAUGAUUAUGUUCCACCCAAGGAAAAUAAGGUGGUCUUUCUUCUUAUCCACGGUUACCCAUCAUCGCGACAUGACUGGAGAUACCAAAUAAAUGAUCUGAGUGAGGCUGGUUAUGGAGUCAUUGCACCUGACUGCCUUGGAUAUGGCGACAGCGACAAACGCAUCGAUAUUGAGGCAUACCGCUUGAAACGAUUGAGUGGUCACUUUGCAGAAUUACUGGAUCACGAGAAUAUCAAACAAGUUGUAGGAGUUGGGCAUGAUUGGGGUUCCAUGGUGCUCUCUCGUUUUGUUGUCUGGCAACCACAUCGAGUUCAGAAGCUGGUGUUCCUGUCAGCGGGAUACUGCGCACCCGGGAUCUUCUUUGAUGUUGAUGGGCUGAAUGUACUCAGCCAAAAAGAACUUGGAUACAUGCAGCUAGGUUAUUGGUACUUCUUCAAUUCGUACGAUGCUGAAGAAAUCAUGACAAAACAUCUUGAGUCGUUCUUUCAUCUAGCAUAUCCAGACAACAACGAGAUCUGGAUCAGUAGCCUUGCUGCGAUCAAUGGUACACGCUCAUGGUUAACCGCUAACAAGAAAGCUCCUCUGCCAUCAUACCUCACUGAAGAGGACAAAGCUCGAUGGCUUCGAAUCAACAGCCAGAAGAACACAAUUGCAGCAUCUCUGAAUUACUAUCGGUCACUCAUGCGUGGAACGCAAGCACCUGAUGAGGACCCGUUGACGGAAGCCGAUCGUACUCUCCAAGUGCCUGUGCUAGGUAUUUGUGGCCGGGGAGACAUGGUAACAAGAGCCGAUCAAAUUGGACUAGGUACUAUGCCUUUUGCAAGAAAAGGUUAUACCGAGAAAAUACUUGAAGGCGCUGGUCACUGGAUUAUGUUGGAGAGGAGGGAAGAAGUCAGUAAGGCGUUGCUUGACUUUGUGGCAAGCUGACGAUGCAUGGUUGACUAGUUGGCAUAGAAAUUUGCAGUAUGAAUGC